AUGUUCGCAGACAGAGGCUACGUGAUUCCCAAUUCUUAUCCGUUCAAUGUGGACUGGAUGAAUACCUGGUGGACGGAGAGGUCGCUCAUCUCCACGGCGCUCCUUUAUACGAAACUCUGCGUCGGCGCUGGACACAAGGCGGGUCUUGAAUCUCGCAGCGGUGUUUCUUCGGAAGCAAGCCGAAAGUCUCUCGGAGAUUGCAUCAAAUUUCGGACAAGCGCCAUCAGGGCCUUGAAUGAUUUACUGCAGGAUCCCGUCACUGCGGUGGCGGAGUCGACCGUGUUGACUGUUGCUUCAAUCGUCACCAUCGAGAAUAUCAAUGCCGAAUUUGCGGCUCUGCGGACACAUAUGAAAGGCCUGGCUACACUCAUAGAAAUCGCCGGUGGUCUUGAUGUAUUCGAGUACAUGACACUUUCCAGCGUCUACCAUGCUGUCGCCGGAUAUGCUGCCCUGCAGCACAAACCGCCGGUGAUCCCGAUGUCGGCAAAAUUUCGCGGCGAGGUCGUUCGCGAGUCCGCCAUUUUCCAUCCACAGCCGGAUGACAAGGACACCGUCGGCUUCGUAAUCCCACCCUCUAUCGCUACUCUCGGCUCUCGCUUCGCUGCUUGUUCCCCUUGGUAUACAGAGAUCUCUCCCUCUCUCAAGGACCACCUCGGGAUCUUUACCAGACUCAUCCAGCACUUCGAACUGGGCAAAGCACACCCCGAAAUCGUAGGACCCACCGACAACGAUCUCUUCCCCAUCUUUCAACACGACUUCCUCUCCACGAUUCCUGCCCCUAGUUCACCGUCACGCAAGAUCCACGACUAUAUCAAUCCGCCUCUCCGCUACUCCGUCAUCAUCUACUUGUGGGCCUGUGUCUCGCAUCUCCAAUCGCUGCCCAUCGUGCGCCACAUGGUAGAAGCCUUUAAGCACAUUCUUGCUCCCCGAAUUCCAGACCUCCUGGACGCCGCGCCUGACUUGCUCUUUUGGAUGCUUGUUCUGGGGGUGACGGCAUCCAAGAGAAACACCGACUCCCACGCGUGGUUUGUCCUUCACUCUGCGCGAGUGGCGCGGCGUCUGGGCCUCCGCGACAGGACCCAGUCACGACAGCUGCUCGGGGAGUUUUUUUAUACUGAUCUUUGUGAGAAUCCGGGGAAGGAUUGUACCUGGAGGAAGUGCUGGCGGCGAGUGCACGUUCAUGUCGGAGUGAUGAUUCCGGUUCUGAAUGUAUAG